CAUCGGCGUGUGUCUCUCGCCGGUGACGUCAAACCUCCGGCGGCGUGUGUAUCCCGCCGGUGACGUCAUACCGCCGCCGGCUGCAUGUCUCUCGCCGGUGACGUCAUACCGCCGGCUGCGUGUGUAUCCCGCCGGUGACGUCAUAUCGCCGUCAGCUUGUGUCACUCGUCGGUGACGUCAUACCGCCGUCGGCUUGUGUCAAUCGCCGGUGACGUACGCGGUCACGUGACGGUUCCCGCUUCUUGUUGAUGGCAGCAGCGCCUCCUGCGACUAAAACUUCACCUGAGUCGACUAAACAACAACAACAACAACCACCAUCAUCAUCCUCCUCAUCAUCAUCACUCCUCAUCAUCAUCAACCUCUUCAGGGGAGGAGGGAGGGAGGGAGGAGAGCCAUGAAGAGAGGCGAUGAUGCGCGCGCCGUGCUGACGAAAGAGGCUCAAUCCAAGGUGGUGAUGAGGAGGCUGCCCCCGCAUCUCACCAGCGAGCAACUCCUGGAACAAAUCUCUCCUCUGCCUGACCACGACUACUACUAUUUUGUGCCCGCGGACCUGAGCCUGCGUCCGCAUGCGUUCUGCCGGGCCUACAUCAACUUCUCGUCCAGCGAGGGCGUCCUGGAGUUCAGGGAUCGCUUUGACGGCUACGUCUUCAUCAACGAGAAAGUGUUCAGGGGCCUACUCAAGGCGCGGCUCCGGCUGGAGCAUGCCACGUACCGCUCGCACGCCGGUGACGCGCCCCACAUCUUCUUCGAACGCCGGAGGGGCCGGAAAAGCCCUCUCUGCGCCGGAUGA